AUGGUGCUCGCGGCCCCGCGGCUGCUGGGCUUCCUGCUCCUCGCCCUGGAGCUGCGGCCCCGGGGGGCGGCCGAGGGCCCCGCGGCGGGCGCCGGGGGGGAGCGCGCGCGCCGGCCGGCCCCGUCCGCGGCGCCCGAGCCCGCCGGCUGCCCCGUGUGCGUGUGGCGGCAGCACAGCCGCGAGCUGCGCCUGGAGAGCAUCAAGGCGCAGAUCCUGAGCAAACUGCGGCUCAAGGAGGCGCCCAACAUCAGCCGCGAGGUGGUGAAGCAGCUGCUGCCCAAGGCGCCGCCGCUGCAGCAGAUCCUGGACCUGCACGACUUCCAGGGCGACGCGCUGCAGCCCGAGGACUUCCUGGAGGAGGACGAGUACCACGCCACCACCGAGACGGUCAUCAGCAUGGCCCAGGAGACGGACCCUGCGGUGCAGACAGACGGCAGCCCCCUCUGCUGCCACUUCCACUUCAGUCCCAAGGUGAUGUUCACAAAGGUGCUGAAAGCCCAGCUGUGGGUGUACCUGCGGCCUGUGCCCCGCCCGGCCACAGUCUACCUGCAGAUCUUGCGACUGAAACCCCUCAGUGGGGAGGGGACCGCAGGGGGAGGGGGCGGAGGCCGGCGUCACAUCCGCAUCCGGUCACUCAAGAUCGAGCUGCACUCGCGCUCCGGCCACUGGCAGAGCAUCGACUUCAAGCAAGUGCUACACAGCUGGUUCCGCCAGCCACAGAGCAACUGGGGCAUCGAGAUCAACGCCUUCGACCCCAGCGGCACAGACCUGGCCGUCACCUCCCUGGGGCCGGGAGCGGAGGGGCUGCAUCCUUUCAUGGAGCUGCGAGUCCUGGAGAACACCAAGCGGUCCCGGCGGAACCUGGGCCUGGACUGUGACGAGCACUCCAGCGAGUCCCGCUGCUGCCGCUACCCGCUCACAGUGGACUUCGAGGCUUUUGGCUGGGACUGGAUCAUCGCGCCCAAACGCUACAAAGCCAACUACUGCUCCGGCCAGUGCGAGUACAUGUUCAUGCAGAAGUACCCGCACACCCACUUGGUGCAGCAGGCUAACCCGAGAGGCUCUGCGGGGCCCUGCUGUACCCCCACCAAGAUGUCCCCAAUCAACAUGCUCUACUUCAAUGACAAGCAGCAGAUUAUCUACGGCAAGAUCCCUGGCAUGGUGGUGGAUCGCUGUGGCUGCUCCUAAGCAGUACCUGGCAACAGGGAGGGGACAAUACAAUGGGGAAAAGCAUCUGACAAGGCCAGUUAGAACAGAGGUUGGGAAGGAUGGAGACUCCCUGGUUUGGAAGGAGGCAGAGACUGGCUGACUCUCCAAGUCACUAGCUGGGCCUAUUUAUUCCUCCUAAAAUCCUGACCCACCCUCCUCUUGACUCACUGUGCCUCAGUUUCUUCCCCUCGAUGGAAUGAGAAAUAGCAGCACCCGCCACAGCCAAGAGAUGAAUUCUGAGCACUUACCACGGGCACUUUAUGGACAUAAAAUACCUCUCGCUGUGGGACAGAUAACCAGGGCACCAGAGUAGUGGUGAAGAGAUGUGAGGCUUAAAGGAGUCACAGGCUUCCGAGUACAAGUUCCCCUCUGCCUCCCAGCUGGACAGUUGUCUGAAGCCAAGGAGCUGAGAAUCUCCUGUCCACACCCCAUCCACACCUCACCAGCAGACCUCUUGGCUUGAGGCAAGAGCCUAGAGGAUGGCAGGAGAGGAGAGGAAAGAACCUUCAGCAACAUUAUCACUUUAAGUAGAGCCAGCAGUGAUGGGUCUGAAGCAAACAUUACUGAGCUAAAGCAAAGCCCAGGCUGGAGAGCACUAACCUGGAAGGCUUGUUCUUCCCCAGAACACGGUUCUCCCACGUGGCCUUGCUGGUGGAAGGGGCACAGGUCUGCGGCGCCCUCUUGGGAAGGUGAUGGUGAGCUGUGUGUAGCAUCUUACUCUCAUUCCCAGACUGAAAGUGAGACGAGGUGUCUCGGCACAGGAGUGGGCAGGGGCACUCGACUCCCCUCUCCCCAUGUAGCACCUGUGCCAGCCCCACCUCCUCUGGCCCUGUUCUUCAUGCUUCUUUCUGCCCCCAUCGUGGAGAACAAGAUGUAUCUGACCAUCAGCAUGAGUCACAUGUCCUUGAUGGAAGGAGAGGAAAAGAGAAGAACGGAAGAUGCCUCCUGCAAGGUCAAAUGCCCAUCUCUCCAUCUUGGCAGAGUGGGGGUUGGCAAUAGGCAUCAGGUGACUUCCCUCUACCAGUUCUAGAGAGAUGGGGCAUUAGAUUUGGGGGACACUUAGAAUAUGCUCCUUUAAUACCACCAAAUAAAGACCUUUGUUGGGGGGGCGGGGGUGUCUUUCUCUUAUGAAUAUAAAUCCCAGUUAAAGUUUCAUUCCCCUGGGCCUCCCCAUCCCUACAGAGGCAUGGGAUAAAGAGGGGGGGGCACAGCCAAGCGACUUAGUGGAAGCCAGCACCCUCCUCUCCCAUCUUACGAUGUGUGUGGAUCUGGCCAGUGCCCCUCCGAUCACAAUUAGUAUAAUUGUUUGUGUAUUUGUUACACCACCUGUGUGAUUGCCUUUGUUUGUUAAGGGUAUCUGAGGAGUACGGGGCUGACAGGGGCACUGGAAUGCUGGGAAAGGAUUACUUCACUGAGAUCAAGGCUUCCUGAAGGGAACCAUUACAAAAAAGGCCAUCAGGCAGUUUUCAAGUUAUGUGACAGAGGGCAAAGAUGGCCACAGGGUGCUCUGAGUUUUGGGACGGUCACAUGACACAAUCCAGCACUUGAACUGAAAAAAGAAAAAAAAUAAAAGCAGUCAAAGAGUUUAGAAUUCAGUGAUGAACUCUUCUCCCUACCCAAGCGUCACCUUUACCCCUCAGAGCCUGGGAACAAAGGCCAUCUGAGGAGGAAACCUGGUGCUCAAGGAUUAAAAAGGUGGGGCAAGGGAAAAACAUGGAGUAUGUGGGGUUAAGGUCGGGACAUGCAGCCCAAGAGAAGAUGGGCAAAGAAAGGGAGGGGACCUGGAGCAACUCUGGAGAGCUUGGUCCAAAACAAGAUGAGAAAAAAUCUCUUCCCCAGUCUCCAAGGAUCUAAAUUUCUCUUGAAAUGAUCCAGAGCUAGUAUCUGGUCUAUUUCCUACAGUUUCCUAAUUCUAGAUUUCUUCAACGAAGUGUCACCAAAAUCCAGACCAAAUCAACACAUUCCCCUUGCCAGUGUACCAACUAGUAAGCAUCUCAAAUAUCCCUUUAACCACACCAUAAAAAUUCUCCCAUCUACCUAUACUGCACACCUCCUAGGGCAUGUAAGAGUUGUGGGUAACAAAGGACCCUCACCUCACAUAAAAGGGGGGAGGGGAAGCCCCUGUGACAACUUGAUCCAGAAUAGGGUACAGAACCCCUGAGGGUUCAAUAUGCUAAAUGUUUUUCCCUGUCAAUUCUAUCAGCAAACUGACCUCACCUCAGAUCAAGACUGAGGUUGAGAAGACAAAAAUAGCACACAUGGUAUCCCUGUAUCCCCCCUGGAGCUGCUUUACCCACUCCUGCCCCUAGCCUUUGCCCUGAGCUAAAAAUACCUCUCCCCCCUCUAUUGCUCAUUUGUUUCCUACCUUGAGAGGAAUCCCAGAAGAGGCUCCAAGCUGACUUUCAAGCUCCUUUUCUUUAUCCCCAAACACCUUCCAAUCCAAUGCCCGAGUAACUGCCGUAUACUGUGGCUUUGCUCAUAUUUUGGAUUCCUGGGGCCCGAGCUAAGAACCAGCAGACACUGGCAUUUAUAAUUUCUGGUCUUUAGUAAGGUAGACACAGGAAAGUCAAAGCUCUAGGCCACAAUGUUGGCUUUCCUGCCAGUGAGCUGGGGGUAAAGAAGCAAUUGAGAUUCCUCACACCUCUCCCCACUAUCUGAACCCCCAAAUGUACCAGCAUGUAUGUUGUGGUGAAUGACACAUACACAUGCUCAAACGAGUUCAAACCCUCUAACUGGAAUCUUCUCAAGGGAGUAUUUCCAUUGUAAAUCACCUAGUGAAAUGGAGAGGUAAUACUUACUGAAUGAUUACAAUGCAGAUUAUGGUAAGGUGUGCUGAGUAUAGAGCAACAGCAACCUUCACAAUAGGGUUGGUUGCUAAUGGGAUAGUCUAGAACAAGUCACAGGAUAAUUAGUUUGUCCAGGGUCUUAGUGGUAGGAUACUUAAGUUGUUGCCAAACAGCACCCCAUUUUAAGUGAUUAAUAAUAGCCUUAGAGGUAGAGAAACUACAAUCAAGGGCAACUGAGGAUAGGAAAGCAACUAGGAGCACCUUAGGUCCAAAGAGCCUGCAGAAGCGUGAAACCUGCCUGUCAUCCCCUUCAGCGCCUCUGCAGGGAAACAACUGUGGGCACGCGGUGCGAGAAGGGGGAGUUACACUGCGGUAGAUUUCAAUAAUCAGGAGAGACAUUGCCUGCUAGAGACCCUCGUAAGAAACAACAGGGGAGGC